ACAAACGUACCAGAUCUAGGGCACACCUUCGCAGUCUGCAGUUCUGCAAAAUCGAGGUCGCGAACAGCAAAACAAAAAGAAGAGAAAGGAGAAAAUGGUCAAAAUUCUCUGCUUCGGAAAUUCUCUCACUGAUGGCUUUUGGCACUACGGCCUCGAGCCCCCGCAUCCCUAUGCCAUCGCCCUGAAGGAGCAUCUCGUACAACAGAAAGUCUUGGACGAAAAAGAUAUCCAAAUCAAAGUCGAAGGGAAACCGGGUGAUUUAGUCAAUUGCCCGCCAGGGAGAUUCGUUGAAAGAAUGAAACAGAGCUUACAAGAGGGCCAGGAAUAUGAUUGGGUCAUUGUGCUUGGAGGGACAAACGACCUAGGUUACGGCUCUUUUACCCCCGAACAGAUCUACGCAGGCCUCAAAACAACCUGGUCGCUCGCCCUUUCAUCCUCACCCACCACCAAGUUACUGGCACUCACAGUCCCUGAAUGCGCCUACAUUUCAAACAAGCUGACGCGCAAUCGAGAUGUGUUGAACAAGCACAUUAUGGAGCAUAAAGAAGAUCGAUUCUUUGCAUUCGAUUUAAAAUCGGUAAUACCAUAUCAUUCGAUGGACGCAGAAAGGAGACAAGAAAUUUGGGACGAUGGGCUGCAUUUCACAGACAAGGGGUACGAUUUGAUGGGGCAUUUGAUUGCAGAGAGACUCAUUGAGUUAUUAAAGGAAACUCUGUGAUCUUCGGCGAGAAUAUAUGACGCAUGAAUUAUGAGCAUAGACUAAUGGCAACCUGCAACUAAACAGAUUUGAUGACAUUAAAGAAUACACUCAGAAGGCAUUAAGAAAUAGCAAUAAAAUAUAAACCAAAACCGAAAUCAGUGUUGCUUGAAAAGCACAAGCAGAAUACGCCAAGGGUAUCUU